UUGUUGUGAAAGCUACACCUAGUGCAGUUUGUUACCUUUUAGAAGUACAACGUCAUAUAAAUAACAUAAAUAUCUCCGCCGCCGAUUUAAGACAAAUUAAAAUGCAGAAUCGCUGCGCUGCUCCUAACUGUACCAGCGCCAAACCGGACUUUUAUUCACUCUUCCGCUUCCCGCUCGAUGCUGAAAGGUGUAAAACAUGGGUGGAGAAAUGCCAGCGGGAAGAUCUCGCAGAUAAAUCCCCAGAGCAGCUCUUCAGAUACUACAGACUUUGUGGAAAGCAUUUCGAAAGGUCAAAUGAUGGUAGUGCGCCAACAACGGUGAUAAAGGAUGACGCCAUACCAACUAUCUUUGACGAUCCCAGCAAACCUCCAAAUGAAGCGACGAAGCGCGGUAAAGAGACGGAGGAAGACGCAAAGAGUAAGGGAAAAAAAAAAAUCAAAAAGAGUCAAGCUGAAGCGAAUACAGACGAUCCGAAAGCCUCUUCAGGGGAAGACAAACACAAAGAAUAUCUCAGGUCGUUAUUUGAGGCCCUCGUACUGUUAGGGGAGCAGAACAUUCCCGUGACGAGGGCCAGCUGUCAUCAAGGGGACCCAGUCAGAUUAAGCAACUUUGAGGCGUUGCUACAGUAUCGCAUGAGUUGUGCGGAUGAAGCGAUGAAGACGACGUACGACGCCAACACAGAGUGCUGUUCAUCGCUGCAGCUGAGUCAGCUGAUUGACGUGUGCGAAAGAUGCAUCCGCAGGAAGGUGACGGAGGAAGUGAAGCAAAACGGCUUUUUCUCAAUUAUAACCGAGGAUUUGGUGAAGGUCUCGGAAGAGUGGUUCCUCCCCGUGUUCCUGCGCUACGUGGAUCAGUCCAACCACCAACGCGAGAGGUUUGCCGGCUUCUUGUCCUUUGACGGGGAUGCGGACGUUCUGGCGGGAAAACUGUUGUCCGAAAUGGUCGAUGAAUGGGGUUUGGACAUGGAGCAGUGCAGAGGCCAAUCCCAUUCGUACUCCUGGAGACACUUUAGUCAAAUAAAAACAUUUGCCACCAAAGUGAUGGAGACGUAUCCGCUGGCGCUGCUCACGUUCCGACCAACCCAUGCCUUGAACAUAUCGCUAGCCAGUGGCAUGGCUUUGUCAGGAGUCCAGCUUGUCAUGUGCACCUUGAAGAAAAUCGAGGCCUUCUUCAACCAGUCGGCUUCGUUGUGUUUGGAGUUGGAGCACGCCAUCUCCAUUAUCUACCCAGACAAAGAGGAGAAGGUCCUGGAACUGAAGGAGAUUUGCUGCAGCGGCUGGACCGGAAGACAUGAUGCGUUCGAGGUGGCGGUGGAGGUUCUUGAGGCGUUGCUGCUCUGUGUGGACAGUGUGCAUGACAACGAAGACUUGCGAUGGAGCGACAAGAUCACGUAUGAUGCUUUGGAGAUCUCCAAAGCUCUGUCAGACUUUGAGUUCAUUAUAGCCUUGGUUGUGCUGAAAAACACCAUGACGCUUUUGAGGGCAUUUGGGAGGAACCUUCAAGGGGAAGCAGCAGAUACCCAUUUUGCCGCAGGCAGCAUAAAAGCAGUGUUACACUCUCUGAAGGAGGUGUCAGACAAUAUUGACGUAUACCAUGAGUUCUGGACCGAGGAGGCGGUCAACAUCGCUGCUGCCAUGGAGAUUUCAGUAGAACUUCCUCGGUCCCUCUUGAGGAAGCAUCAGUCAGACUUCCUUCAACCAGAGACGUACUACAAGGAGCACCUAUCCAUUCCUGUGGUAAACCACACUCUCAAGGAAGUUGGCGAACUCUUCACCGAUGACCACAUGAAGGCUCUGAGAUGUUUGUCACUGAUUCCCUCGGUCAUAGAGCAGAACAAGGCCACCCAGCCCGAGGAAGAAAACAUGCUAGUGUUCAAAAAUGACAUGCCGAACGCAGGUUCUCUCACUGCUGAGCUUCAUUGUUGGUGGGUUAAAUGGAGCAAAAAAGGUACAGGAGAAACCUUGCCCUCUAGCCUGCAUGAAACACUGCAGCAAGCUGACCUCAAGUUCUUCCCAAACAUGCUUGCAGUCCUAAAACGUUUGGGCGUCCUGCCCACGUUGGCUUUAGAGAGCAGUUCUGAUGUGGCAUACGAGCGCUUCAAGGCGUACAUGGAAAACACUCCUGACACGGCCAAAUCCAAGAGUCUCGCUCUUCUGAAAAUCAACCAUGAUGUUGGUUAUGAUUUGGAUUCCAUGGUUGACGUCUACAUGAAGACGUACCCGAGUGGGGACGACUUGUCAUAGUUGUGCUCAGACCUGCAGUUUAGUCACUGAUGGUCUGA